AUGAAGGUUGAUUAUUCCAUCUUUGCUACUCUCCUUAUCCUCCUCCUCACCUUCGCCGGCGCCGGAGCAACACUGGAAGAGACAUGCGACAAAGUAACAUCACCAUCAUCAGCAACAAACCUGACAUAUGAUUUCUGCCUAACAAGUCUUCAACCAAUUCAAGGAAGCAGGGAAGUAGACAUCAAAGGGCUUGCAGGCAUAACCAUAAACCUCUCAAUCUACAACUUCACAUACACAAGGAACAAGCUUGGUGAUCUUAAAUCUAAAGAGACAAAGCAACCAGCCAUUGAUGCACUGCAGAAAUGCAUAGAUAGGUUCAAUGAGGGUGAUGCUUACUUGAAAAUGGCACAAACGUCUCUAGGAACACUACGCUUUUCAGAUGCUUUGUCUUCAGUUAGAAGCGCAGCAGGGAGUUCGGUGGUUUGUGACAAUGCUUUCUAUCAACGUGGGAUUCAGUCACCUGUGUCUUUUGAUACUCAGAAUGGCUACUUAUUGUGUAACUUGGCUGCUUAUCUUAUACAACUCGUUGCUUAA